AGGUCAAAAAAAAGGAUAUCGUCUUGGCCGUCGUCGUGAGACAUAAUCGACGGAUACUCGAUUUCUACUUCGCACACUCGCAACCUUGGGAAUCUUGGUUCAAUACUGCACAUUGAGUACAAUGGGUUACUCCGAGGCAUACUGCCACCUCUGCGGUGUCAGCUUCAAUAUCUCCCGUUACCGACAGGUCGGGGAGCCUGAGAUAGCUACCUAUGGCAGCAGUGAUGGUAUGGACGCGGAAAUCGAAUGUUUAGAGCUCGAGGAGUGUAUGAAAAACGGGUGCACAUUUGUUCUGAAAUUCCUUAAAGAGGAGGACGAUGAUCUCGAGAAUGAUCCGGACUAUGAGCCCGACGAGGCGGAUUAUGACGGGAAGUUGUACGAGUAUGGCUCUGACUAUGAAUCCGACGACGCGAUGAGUAUCUCCGCCGAGGACGAACACGAGCAAGAAGAUAGUACCGAAGAGGACGCUCUGUAUCGGGACUUCCUGUCAAAGACAAUCCAUCGCCGGCCUCGAGUCGGCGAGCCCGUCGGAGCCUACCUCUUCUCCCCGGAAACCCAGCGGACAGAUACCCUCAUCCCUAUAACAUCCGAAUCACUCCCCGAGGAAUAUGAUCCCGAAGACCUCGAACAUCUCCCCGGACCAGGAUGCAGACAGGCUCUCGCGUAUCCCGGUGCCUCAAUCUCCCUCGCAGAGAUGCGAGGUUGUCGCACCGCGCAGUUCCUGGUUCAUAAGACCUGCGGCAAGGGCAAGUGGAAGCCUGAUGGCUUCAACGAGGACUGGGAGAUGGGCGAGGACUGGUUCCUCUCCGGUGUGUGCGACGGUAUGACGUCGCGCGACUGCGGCUUUCCGACUGUCUGGCCGGCGCGUGGCGGAGUGGCAGUUGUCGCGGCGGAUAAUAUCAAUUUUAAUCCUGGGCAAACAGAUCCAAACAGCAUCGCCAUGCCCUUCCACCCGUGGUGCUUCGACAUCUUCGCUCGCCAGUCAAAAGUGCAUUUCGGCCGGGUGAACGUCGACGGCCUUAUGAAGUGGCGGAAUGCAGAGAGCGGCUAUGAGGAGUUCCACGAGUUCCCCCGGAUUGCGGAUGUUUUUGAGGCGCAGGAGCAGUGGUGGGAGCAUGUUCCGGGAAAGGAGUAUCUCGCUGCGAACCCGCUUUAUGUGCCUGGUCUCCCUGCCUUGCUUCGAGGUGCGGCUGCGACGGAUGGUGGUAUGCACCACGAAGGGUUACCGGUUACUGGUGGAGGUAUUGACCGCUUGGGAGCUCUACCACUGGAUCUCCGCCUCCUCAUUGUCAGCUUCCUCGGCUCUGAUGAUAUUACGAAUCUACGCGCGGCUUCUAGGGCAUUUACGCACCUUCCUAACGGCGUCUGGUAUCGACUGGUCCGGCAGGAUAUGCCUUGGUUGUUCGAAGCAUGGGACGAAGAAAUCCAGCAUACGCCUUCAUUCUGGACGACGAUGACCGCGAACGAGAUCAAGUAUGUUGACAACGUCCGCGAGCGUUACUCGACAGUCUUGCGUAAUGAACAUAUGGGCGAGGAUGGGAUUCUCGACCAUCUACUGCCCUGGCAACGCGCGGUCACUGGCCAGAUCAAGUUACCCAAGGCAACCACGAACUGGCACCAGGUGUACGUACAAAUCAAGGGAAAUUGGGGUAAUCUUAAAGGAUUACGCAACCGGCAGCGGAUCUGGGAGGAUAUGGAGGAGAUAAUUCGGCGCAUUCGGAAAUAUGAGAAUCAGUCGGGGUCCGCAAGAGGGAACAAUGAUGAUGAAGACCAAGAUAGUUAAGGAACACGCAAAACGGUUUAGGUUCAUAAGUGCCUCGCAAUGAGACUGCGUUUCUUGUUGCCCUUUAUUCCUUGGCGUUGGGUAUCGUAGAAGUCAAUACAAAACCACCGCCAUCCGGGUAGGCAUAUGUGAG